AAAGAUUUAACCUAAAUUGCACAAAACAGAAAAACCCUCAAAACACAAAACCCAAAACCUCGUACUGGCGGCAGUAGUACCACAUUUCCGCCGUCUCUUUUGCUUUCUCAGGGAAAUCCAUCGGUAAACAAUGUGGGCCGCCAUUAAAGUUCCAUCGAAUAUCCAUGGAGGAAUAAUUCAUUACAACUGUAGCAGCAAAAAUGGUAAUAGCAGAGGGCGAAAAUCUUUGGUGAAAAUGUGUUCUACUUCUGACCAACAUGUUCAGCUCAUUCAGAAAACGCCUUCAAUCGAUGCACUUCCUAUAAUGGUGAAUGGUUGUACUGGAAAAAUGGGCAGGGCAGUGCUUGAAGCAUCAAUCUCUGCGGGACUUCAACCUGUUUCUGUAUGUUUUAGUGGUCCGGAAGAUGCAGGAAAAAUUGUGGAGGUGAGUGGAAAAGAGAUAACUGUGCAUGGUCCUUCGGACAGAGAAAACAUCUUGUCCUCUGUCUUUGAGGAACACCCGAAUUUAAUUGUAGUGGACUACACAGUGCCUGCCGCUGUGAAUGAUAAUGCUGAAUUAUACAGCAAAGUUGGAGUGCCUUUUGUGAUGGGAACCACUGGUGGAGAUAGGGAGAAGCUUUACAAAACAGUGGCAGACUCAAAAGUUUAUGCUGUGAUCUCACCACAAAUGGGAAAGCAGGUGGUAGCUUUUCUCGCAGCCAUGGAAAUCAUGGCCGAACAAUUCCCUGGAGCUUUCUCCGGGUACACUCUACAGGUGAUGGAGUCCCAUCAAGCAAGUAAAUUGGACACCUCUGGAACUGCAAAGGCUGUUAUCUCUUGCUUUCAGAAAUUAGGCGUUUCUUUUGAUUUGGAUGAGGUACAACUAAUACGAGAUCCCAAGCAACAAGUUGAGAUGGUUGGUGUCCCAGAAGAACACUUGUUAGGCCAUGCUUUCCACAUGUACCAUCUGACCUCACCAGACGGAACGGUUUCUUUUGAAUUUCAACACAAUGUUUGUGGUAGAUCAAUCUAUGCGGAGGGAACUGUUGAUGCCAUACUUUUCCUUGCUAAGAAGGUGAAAUUGAAAGAAGAGAAGCGAAUAUACGACAUGAUCGAUGUGCUGCGGGAGGGAAACAUGCGAUAACAGCUGAGUAACAUAUGCUGGAGUAGGAUGUAUAACAUUUAGACCUAGGAAUGCAGAGAAACAAAUGUUGGGUUCAAUUUUCUUGGAUUUGUCCCUCCAGUGGUUCUUGAUGCUUUCGGAUUUGUUGUUGCAUGAUUCUUAAGAUGCAGCUACCAAAAUAAUAUAAAAAUUCUAUUAUGACUAGUCGGUUUAUCUUCAUCCUCCAUACAAGUAUCAUGUGUGCUUCUCUUGAGGAGCUUGUUGUAUGCCUUUUUUUCCUUCUACCCUUUGUACUACCAUAAGAGAAGGAAUGUGAUAGGAAGGAGGUUCCCAAUGUUUCUGAGAAUUACAAUAUUCACCAUGUAUUGAGUUUUGGCUAUUUUACUAUUGAGAUUAUUAGUACAUGAUUUACAUUCAUUAGGUUUGAUUUGA